AUGAUUCGGUGCUUCUACGACCACAAAGGCUUUGGUUUCAUUAACUGCACCGGAAAUCCGGUGGACAUCUACUUCCAGGGCCGUGAUGUAGGCCACGAUGCGCAGAAGAGAUGCGAGGAGAUGGGCGCGGUGGGCACCGUGGUGUGGUUCACCGUCUACGCGCAGACGGAGAGCCGAUGGCAGGCUCGCGAGAUAGUUCUUGCGGGUGACGGCUCCUCCCCGGGCGGCAUCACCCCGGACAUGCUCGGCCCGAAAGGCUGGGGCAAAGGUAUGGAUUACGAUCCAUCAUGGGACUACUGGGGCAUGGGGCCGAUGGACUACGGCGACUACGGCGGCAAAGGUUGGGGAAAGGGGCCUCCGCCGAAGGUGGAGAAACAGGUUAUCCCUGGCUGCGAGCUGGUCGGACGGAUCAAGUCGUACAACGCC